CACUAGCUAUGGGGCUCUCCGCCUGUAACUGGCACGUCUGGAGUCCCCACGAACGAAUCCCCACGUCAUAUCCCCGACGUCGCGUUGCACUAUGCCGACAGCCAAGGCAACUGGUCGCCUUUUGCCAGCGGGUUUUGGUCGGGGUUCGCUAACUAGGCUCUGCGAGGCAGGAUAAACUGACGAUAUAUAUUCGGAUGUUUGCCGCAAUGUUUGGUUGAUCGACAUCACCGACUUUGAACGUUCGUCGUGUCGCAUCACAUCGCAUUCGCCUGUGCAUCUUCUCUGCGACAUCUGAUCCACGUUGCCAUCAUGGCGAAGCUCAACAUGUCCGAGGUGUGGGCCGACAUCAAGACGUAUCGUCGAGCCUACCUGCUCACCGCUGUGGCAUCCUUUGGUGGAAUGCUGUUUGGUUGGGACACAGGUCUCAUCGGAGGUGUCUUGACAAUGGAUGCAUUCCAGCACUCAUUCAACCUCGACAAGGAAAGCAAAAACUUUGCCAAUCUACAGGGAAACAUCGUUUCUGUUCUCCAGGCAGGAUGUUUCUUCGGCGCCAUGGCCAGUUUCUACGUUUCCGACACCUUUGGCCGUAAAUGGGCGCUCAUCACGGCGGAUAUCAUCUUCAUCAUUGGAUCUUUGAUUCAGACCCUGUGCGGGAUUGGUACAACAAGCCUUGCCCAGCUCUACGUUGGACGUGUGAUUGGUGGUUUCGGCGUUGGCUUGAUUUCAGCCGUCGUCCCCACGUACAUUGGAGAAAACGCGCCCAGGGCGAUCCGAGGACGCUGCAUUGGGUGCAUGCAACUUUUCAACGUGACUGGUAUUUGUCUGUCCUUUUUCGUCAACUACGGCAUCUCCCUCGACAUUACUAGCCCUACGGACUCGACUAAAUGGCGCGUGCCAUUUGCCCUGCAGAUGCUCCCUGGCGCUUUCCUGCUUGUAGGCAUGCUCUUCAUGAACGAGUCUCCGCGCUGGCUUGUAGAGAAAAACAAGCUAAGCCAAGCCGCUAAAGCUCUGGCUCAUGUCCGCGGCAAGAGCGUCGAAGACCCAGAGGUAACACAGGAGUUGGAUGAGAUUAUCGCAGACUUCAACGGUCACGAGAAGAUGCCGAUGGUUGCUCAACUCAAGGCUGCCUGCUCGAACAAGAAGAUGCUGUACCGCUCGAGCUUUGUUGUCAUUCUCAUGUUCUGGCAACAGUGGACGGGAACAAACUCGAUCAACUACUAUGCUCCUCAGAUCUUCAAGCAAAUUGGCCUUACUGGUCCCUCGUCCGGACUAUUCGCAACUGGAAUUUAUGGUAUCGUCAAGAUCGUCGUGACAGCGAUUGGCCUGAUGGCAUUUACUGAGCAGCUGGGACGCAAAUGGUCGUUGAUCCUCGGAUCGAUUGGCCAAGCGUUUGCGAUGUACUACAUUGGUGUCAACCAAGCAGUCCACCCACCCACAGGCGAACUUGAUGGCAACGCAAUCUUUGCCAUCAUCUGCGUCUAUCUCUUUGUUGUCUUCUAUUCAUUCGGCUGGGGCCCGAUCCCGUUUGUGCUGGCGUCCGAGUGCAGUCCCAACCACGUGCGGUCUCUGCUCAUGGCGGGCUCGCUGAUGACGCAAUGGCUCUUUAACUUUGUAAUCGCAAAGAUUACGCCCUUGAUGCUGGACAAUAUUACGUACGGAACGUUUCUUCUGUUCGGGUCGCUAUGCAUUGUCAUGGGUAUCUGGACGGUGUUCUGUGUGCCUGAAACCAAGGGGGUGCGGUUGGAGUCUGUGGGAGAGUUGUUCGAGGGCAGCAUUAUCAGGGGUUGUAUUCAGGAUACCAUCCCAAGCAAGUCGCGGGCGAAGCAGCUCAGACAUCAUCACGCGACGGACGAUGCCGACUCGACCAAAAGCGGCGUUGGCAAGGCUGCGAGGGUGGAGCAGAUCGAGGAUGUGUAGAGCAUCGGAGAGAGGAGGCGAAGGCAAAAAGCAACAGGUGGCCAAUGUUCAGAGCUUACGUUGCGGCGCGUCCGGCGGAUUAGUACCGCGAGAAGUGUUUCGGUAGCUGAGAAAUGCCGAAGUCAUGAUGUGACGGCUCCGUGUCUAUGCCAUGUUUCCAGACCAAUCGAUG